GCACUCUCUGUCUUGAGUUCUUUUUAACAUAAGACCAAAUGAAUAACCCCAAAUCCUAAACACACAAACAUAAACCCCAAAAAUAUCUCUCCCGUUAAAAGGAACAUAAACAACAAAUAGCCACACACUUGUCUCAGCUAACGUUCGCAUUCUCGCCGGUUCUUGCUAAUGGGCGCUCUCCGUCGCCGUGGCCGCCGUCGCUUUAUCUUUGCUGCACUCGCCACAUUUGCUCUCCUCCACCUCUUCUUGGCCGCCUCCACAGUCUCAGCGGGUGGAUGGCUUGGUCAAAGAACCGGGUCGGAUUUUCACGGUCAUCUUACGGGGAAUAAGCGGUUUGGCGGACCUGGUUCAUCACCACCGACGUGUAGAUCGAAGUGUGGGAAAUGUCAGCCGUGUACACCGCUUCACGUACCGAUACAGCCCGGUAUGAGCAUUCCAUUAGAGUAUUAUCCUGAAGCUUGGCGGUGCAAGUGUAGCGACAAGCUUUUCAUGCCGUAGAUUGUUACUUAUUUAGACAACAAAUUAUUAAAAAGUGUUUUAGUGCUUUUUGUUUUGUUUUUCUCAUUUGUCUCUCACUUCAGUUUCGCUGAUUAAUUAGUGUAUUCAAACAUUUGUGUUAAUAAUUUAAUAUUAAAAUGUUAGU